AUGUCAUCCCCUGCAGUGAGCAAAGCACCCCCCAAACUCGGUUCAAAGAACGGAACCCCUAUCAAAUCAAGAAAAGGCUCCGGCUCCAGUGCCGCCUCGAAACCCAGUGUCACUAACAGCCCCAAGGCUGUGAAGAAGACACCCACCCGCAAGCUCGCUACCAAGGAGCCUAAGCCGAUUCAAGAUGAUAUCUACGAGCAAUCUAUCCCCGAAACUCCUUCCCCAAAUCAAAGAAAAAGUCUCUCUCCUCCGAACAACGUCGUCCUAUCUCCCCUCGCGAUGAUGCUGUUUCUCAAGCUUCUGGUCAAGGGCCUUGCUGGAAAGGCCAAGGAUACUGUUCAGAAUGGUGCCAAGUCGAUUUCUCAGGCUAUCCCAAUUGAUUUGUCUUCCUUGACCGGUCUCCGUGUCGCAGAUGGUGGAAAGAUCUUUGGUAAAAAUGGGAAUCCCUUGGGUGAAGUUGUCGAAGGUGAUCCUGAGGACCUCGUUGGCCAGACUGUGGGCGAUGAGGGUGAGAUCAUCGAUGAGGAAGGUGACUUGAUCGGCCGUGUCGAUGUGCUGCAUGAUGCAGUUGAUGGAGUUCAAAACAUCCCAGACGAAGCUCAGUCGAAGCUCGAGGAUCUUGAGGAUGUGGUUACCGAUCUUGCUCAGCUUGAAGGUCUGCCAGUCUCGGAUGGAGGUGUUAUCAAGAACUCCGCAGGUCAGAUUGUUGGCAAGAUCGUUGAAGGUGAUCCGGAGGACUUGAUUGGAUACACCCUCAAUGAUGCGGGUGAAAUUGUCGAUGACGAAGGUGAUGCCAUCGGUCGCGCUGAGUUGAUCCCUGUGGAGGAGCAAAAGGCUGCCAUUGAAGACGCUGUUGGCGAUGCGACCGAACAAGUCGAUGGCGCCAAGGAGGAUGUUGAUGACGAAUUCGAAGACGCCCAAGAUGGUCUACCUCUUGAUGAAGCCAACGACGUUCUAGACGAUGUCGAGGAUGUUGCAGACAACGUGGCUGAUGAGGCCGUACCGGAAGAAGUUGACCAAGUCAAGUCAACCGCUGAAGAUAACAUCCACCAUGUCGACCAAGCCAAAUCAACCAUCGAAGAGAAUGUUCCCGAUCUCGAUGAAGUCGAGGAGACCGCUGAAGACGCUGUUGACGGAGCUGAUGUCAAUGCUGAAGAGGUCCUGGACGACGCCAACGAAAAAUUGAACGUUGAAGACAUCGCUGAAGAUAUUGAAGAGGCCGCCGAGGAUGCAGUCGACCAGGUCUCCCAGCAUAUUCCAACCCUUGAUACUCUUGAAGGCCUAAAGUGCAACAAGCGCGGAUACGUCAUCGAUCAAGCCACUGGCAAGCCUGUUGGUGAAGUUAUCGAGGGCGAUCCCAAAAAGCUGUCACGGGUUGGUGCCACUCUUGAUGCGAAGGGUCAAUUCUGGGACAACCGAGGCAAUAUCAUCGGUAAGGUGAAGGCCCUUCCAGUCGAAGAUGACAAAGACGAGGAGGGUCCCUUUGCUGGCCUGGAAGGUCUCGUUGUUGGCCAAGACGGCUGGAUCGAAGACGAGAACCAGACACGCGUCGGAAAGCUCAUCGAAGGCGACGCAAAGAAGCUUCUUGGUCGUGGCGUUGACGAGGACGGUGAAGUCCUUGACCGUCAUGGCUCCGUCAUUGGACGGGCAGAGCGAUACGAAGAACCCGAACCUGAGCCUGAGGAGGAGGAACCUGUCGAUGACCUUUCUGUUCUCGAUGGAUUGAGAUGCAACAAGGCCGGAUAUGUCAUCGGACCUGAGGGAUUCCCCAUUGCCCGCGUUGUGGAGGGUAAUCCCAAGGAACUUGCCGGCAAGAAGAUUGAGGAUGGCGAAAUCUAUGACGGCAAGAAGGUUGUCGGCCGCGUCGAACUCAUCCCUCAAGAGGAACUUGAGAACAAGCCUGAAGGGCCAUUUGCUGGCUUGGAGAGCCUGGUUGUCACAAAGGAUGGCUUUGUGGAGGAUGAAGAAGGUUCUAUUGUUGGAAAGCUUGUUGAAGGCGACGCAAAGAGACUGCGUGGUCGUGCUGUUGACGAGGAUGGCGAGAUCACUGACAAGUACGGCAAUGUCAAGGGUCGUGCUGAGCCUUAUGAGCCUCCUGAGGAGGAAGCCCCCGCUGAGGAGGAUUUGUCAAUCCUCGAGGGCAAGGUUGUUAACAAAUCCGGCAAUGUCGUUGAUCCUGCUACCGGCGCUAUCUUUGGACGAAUCACCGAAGGUGACAAGCGUCUCGCUGGUCGUAAGGUCGAUGGCAAAGGUCAAAUCUGGGGCGAUGAUGGCAAAGUCAUUGGUCGUGCCGAGCUCAUCCCUGGCGGGCAACAACACAAGGCAGAAGGUCCAUUCUUCGGCUUUGACAGUGCUGAAGUCGGCAAGGAUGGUGUCGUCACUGAUGCUGGUCGAAUCAUUGGACGUCUGAUUGAGGGCGAUGCCAAGCGCCUGCUUGGCCGUAAGGUGGAUGAGGAUGGUGAUGUCGUGGACAAGAACGGCAACACCAUCGGCAAGGCCGAACGGUGGGAGCCUGAGGAAAAGGCCCGUGAUAUCAGCCCAAUGUCUGGUCGCAAGAUCAACAAGGCUGGUGAAGUCCGCGAUGCUGAUGGAGAACUCAUUGGCAAGCUGACUUCUGGAAACCUGGCCACUCUGGUUGGCAAGACCAUUGACGAUAACGGCUAUGUUGUUGAUAAUGAGGGCAACAAGAUCGGUGAAUGUACUCUGCUUGAGCACAUUCCUGAGGAGGAGCCUGAGGAGGAGCCUGAGGAGGAGCCCGAGGUGGAAGAAGAAGGCCCAUCUCCAGAGGAGCUAGAAGCCCGAGCUAAAGCUGAACAUGAUCGUCAGCUGGCGGAGAAGAUGAUUUCCAUUCUUCGACAGACCUUGGAUCAAAUUAAGCCGAUCUGCGAUCAGAUCACCGAUAAAAUCGAGAAAGCCGAUCGCACCCCGAAGGACGAACUUGACGAAGAGAAGCUUGUGAAGGAUGUCAAGCCCCUUCUCGAGAAAGGAGGCCAGAUCCUUCAAGAGUGCAAUGGUGCAGUCCGUGCUCUCGAUCCCGAUGGUCGUAUCGCAGCAACAGCCAAGGCUCGCGCUUCCUCGCGUGAUGCUACUCCGGAAGAGAAUCAACUGGCUGACCUGCUGAAGACCUUGACUGAGACUGUUGUCACAACGAUUGAUAAAGGAAAGAGACUCAUUGCAGACAUGCCUCAUGCCAAGAAGAAGCUCAACCCUCUUUGGGGCUUACUCUCCGAGCCACUGUUCCAGAUCAUUGCCGCUGUUGGAUUACUGUUGAAUGGUGUCUUGACUCUGGUUGGCCGUCUUUUGGAUGGUCUUGGCUUGGGUGGUCUUCUGAAUGGUAUCCUGGGAGGAUUGGGAUUGGAUAAAUUGAUCAGCGGACUGGGACUGGGUUCGUUGACAGAUGCGCUCGGCCUGGGUGGAAAGUAA